GCCAGUAGCCAGCAGUCUGCAGCCAGCAGCCUGCAGACGCGCGGCGCUGCUCUGCCCCUUUUCUCUCUUACUCCCUCCCCCUAGCCUGAGCCCACAGACCGCCUCCUUCGGCGGCAGCAGCGCCUGUAGCGCCAGCCGCAGAGACCUUCCCUUCCUCCGGGAGACGCGGACCGAGCGAGCCUCUGCAGGCUCAGCUUCUCCGGGUCGGCUCGGGCAGAGCCGCCUGGGGACCGGCCGAGGGCUCGGAAAGCGGAGCGCAGGGAUCGAGCUCAGAGACACAGGCAGCGAGCCCCGGCUGGCCGGCCCCUCCGUCUCUGGUCCUAUUUCGUCCUAAGCUUCUGAAGCCUCCCCGGCUGUCUACGCCGAACUCCUGGCCUGAGCUGAGCCGGCAGCCCGCCCGGCGUGACUGCGUGUGCGAGUGCGGCUGGAGGCCAGCCUUGCCCGGCAGUGCUGAAGCAGCCCCGGCUGAGGGAAGAGAAAAAUGUCAGUCAGCAUGCACGAAAAUCGCAAAUCUCGGGCCAGUACUGGCUCAAUUAAUAUAUAUCUGUUCCACAAAUCUUCGUAUGCGGACAGUGUCCUCACACACCUGAAUCUUUUGCGCCAGCAGCGGCUCUUUACAGAUGUCCUUCUCCAUGCAGGAAACAGGACUUUCCCUUGCCACAGAGCCGUAUUGGCUGCGUGCAGUCGCUACUUUGAAGCCAUGUUUAGUGGUGGUCUCAAAGAGAGCCAGUCCAGUGAAGUCAACUUUGACAACUCUAUCCAUCCCGAAGUCUUGGAGCUGCUCCUCGAUUACGCGUAUUCCUCCCGAGUCAUCAUCAAUGAGGAGAAUGCAGAAUCCCUCCUGGAAGCCGGAGACAUGUUAGAAUUCCAGGACAUCCGAGACGCUUGUGCGGAGUUCCUUGAAAAGAAUCUCCAUCCCACCAACUGCCUCGGGAUGCUGCUGCUGUCUGACGCACACCAGUGCACCAAACUCUACGAACUCUCCUGGAGGAUGUGCCUCAGCAACUUCCAGACCAUCAGUAAAAAUGAAGAUUUCCUUCAGCUGCCCCAGGACAUGGUGGUCCAGCUCCUGUCCAGCGAGGAGCUGGAGACUGAAGAUGAACGGCUGGUGUAUGAGUCUGCUAUUAACUGGAUCAGCUACGACCUGAGCAAGCGCCACUGCUACCUUCCCGAGCUGCUGCAGACCGUGAGGCUGGCUCUCUUGCCAGCCAUCUAUCUCAUGGAAAACGUAGCCAUGGAAGAGCUCAUCACCAAACAGAGGAAAAGCAAAGAGAUUGUGGAAGAGGCGAUAAGAUGCAAAUUGAAAAUCUUGCAGAACGACGGCGUCGUCACCAGCCUUUGUGCUCGCCCUCGCAAAACCGGCCAUGCCCUUUUCCUCCUGGGAGGCCAGACCUUCAUGUGUGACAAACUGUACCUUGUGGACCAAAAAGCGAAGGAGAUCAUCCCCAAGGCAGACAUCCCCAGCCCGAGGAAAGAGUUCAGUGCUUGUGCAAUCGGAUGCAAAGUGUACAUCACCGGUGGGCGGGGCUCGGAGAACGGGGUCUCCAAGGAUGUCUGGGUCUAUGACACUCUUCAUGAAGAAUGGUCGAAAGCGGCCCCCAUGCUGGUGGCCAGGUUUGGUCACGGUUCCGCCGAGCUCAAGCACUGUCUCUAUGUAGUCGGCGGACAUACAGCGGCCACUGGUUGCCUACCUGCUUCCCCGUCUGUCUCAUUAAAGCAAGUAGAACAGUACGACCCCGUGACCAACAAAUGGACGAUGGUUGCCCCCCUCCGAGAAGGCGUGAGCAACGCCGCCGUGGUGAGUGCCAAACUGAAGUUAUUUGCUUUCGGCGGGACCAGCGUCAGCCACGAUAAGCUGCCCAAAGUCCAGUGUUACGACCAGUGCGAGAACAGAUGGACAGUCCCAGCCACUUGCCCGCAGCCCUGGCGGUACACGGCAGCAGCUGUGCUGGGCAACCAGAUUUUUAUUAUGGGUGGAGACACCGAAUUCUCUGCGUGCUCAGCUUACAAGUUCAACAGUGAGACAUACCAGUGGACCAAGGUGGGAGAUGUGACAGCCAAGCGCAUGAGCUGCCACGCAGUAGCAUCUGGAAACAAACUUUAUGUGGUUGGCGGCUACUUCGGUAUCCAAAGGUGCAAAACCCUGGACUGCUACGAUCCGACCUUGGACGUGUGGAACAGCAUCACCACGGUCCCCUACUCUCUCAUUCCUACGGCGUUUGUCAGUACUUGGAAACAUCUUCCCUCCUAAUUCCAAUGCGCUAUGGGAAGGUGACUAUCAGUUUAUUCCAUGGCGAAACAACUGUGGAACCUAGACUUUGGAGAAGCCGAAUUUAAUGAAGAAGAAAAAAAAAGUUGUUCUGGACUCGAAUAAAUUACAUUGCACCUUGUAAAUGAUCUAUCCUGGUCAUGAAGGAAAGGGGAGAGGGGAGGGGGGAGGGGGGAGGUAAAGAUUCUCAGUGCAAGUAGCACAUGGUUUAAAUAUGAAUGAAUGGACCUGUGAUCUAGUCCUUGUCUCGUAAUUGUGGAUUAAUGUCAGCGUUAAUCAGCCCUUCAGAGGGAGAAGAAAGCCUGGCCUUUUCCCUAGCUGUGCCAUGUUCAGCUCUUGAUUUCCAUGGACUCCACCAUUUAUGUGUCAAAUUUGAAAUGGUUGUCACCUCUCUUGGAGGAGCCAGUCUGAAGACUCAGCACCAGCUGCGGUGGAGGCCGGCUGGAUUCCGAACAGCGUCCUGGCAUUCAGAGCAAAAAGGGAUGCUGGCUGUGUAAACUGCACAAGUCCGCCAGGAGCACUCUGAGUGCUGAUGACUAUGGGGAGAGCUGGGAGCAUCCGUUACGUAGAAUAUUGUGUCGAGCUGCCGUGUCUUCAGAGAAUGUUUCCAUGGGGUGAGGGGCGGGGGGGUGGGGGAGGUGGUAGGGAGAAGUGAGGGAAUUCACAAAGAAGGUUUUUUGAGCAGUGGGAAAGUUGAGAAAUCUUCCCCAGUGGUUUGUGAACUUUCUUUUUCUAUUUAUAAGUAAUUUUAAAAACCUUCCUGUCCCUGUUGUUAUUUGUUGUAGAUUUAGCUAUUUAUUGUUCAGUGCCUGCAUGCUGAAACAAUGCCUGUGGUUGUCUUCACGUGUAAGGACUUGUAGGGAUGGCUGUAUGUUUUGCACAUUUGUGGUUUUGGCUGUGCUUUGCUGCACAAAAAGGAAAAUUUUGGAGUAACUAUUUGGGAUUUAUCUGAAGGGUGGGAUGGGCAGGGGGAUAGUGGUUUGUUUGUUUGUUUGUUUUUAACCCAGCAGAAAUAGAUGGAUUAGAAGACAUAGUCUGAAAUUGUACCUUAAAAAGAAAACUUGGCAGUCACUUUUUCUCCGACUGUCAUUCAGUGCGAUUCUGUCUUUGCAUGUAUAUGUGUAUGUCCUUUUUUUGUUUUGUUUUUUUAAGAGGUAUGAUCCCUAUAUUUCAUUAUUUCAUUAACCUGAUUAGGUCUCUCCCACUGUAAUCUGGAAAAAGUCCAGUGAUUUUUACAGCUUUCUCUUUUCAUUGCCUUCUGAUCACCUAGAAAAUAAUAUGGAACGAUUCCUGUGUUACAGAGCAUAGACAGGUAAAAGACAUUGUCCAAAGUGUAUUUAUUUAUUUAUUUGUUUGUUACCCUGUUGGAAUGUUUUGCCAUAGUUCCAUUGACUGGAAGGACUGAAGUCUUGAAGACUUAAAAGAUUUACAGUUAUUCAUUUACCAGCCAAACUUGGAAGUGACUGCUUCCUUCCCUAUCUCCCCCCCACUGAAAGUGGGGUUUCCUCUACAUCCAGAGUUCCAAGAAUUGUCUUUAACUUUGGGUAUUAUGGAAUUUUGUUCUCACACAGAGAGACCCUAAAAAAAUUCCUUUGGCAUCCAGAAGUGUCCUAUCUAACCCACAGACACUAAAGAAUUUGAAGUCAUUUUGGUUCUGUUUUUUAAGUCAUUUCUAAUACAUUCCUAGAUAGUUUGGAAUGCUUGCUUACUGAAACAUGCCCUGUGGUGGUUUUUGGUGCUGUUAAGCCAUACCAACCCCAUGAAUGUCCAGAGGUCUCUGAAGAGACCAAAAACUUGAACUAGCUACUACCCUUAUUCUUUCUCACAUUGCAGUUAUUUCAGAAAGUGGAUUCUUAAUGACAACAUUUGCAUUGUGGGUUUUUACUGAGUGUAUUUGUAUUGUCCAGGGGGUGUUCAGAUGCUUACUGUUUCUUUUUUUUCUUCUUUCUCCUGAAAACCUCAUAGUGGUUGGAUAGAAAUAGCACUCUACAUUCAUGUUUAAAAUAUGUUCUCUUUGGACCCAAAUAUUGAUUUGUUGGAAUAAAAAAAUGAGUCAUUUCCAUCAUUCAUUCACCCUUUCUUCCAUAUCUUCUUAGCAAUGCAAAUGUCCCUUUCUUCAUCUGCCUCCCCAGCUUAGCCUCAUGACUUGCUGAACAUUCACCAUUUCUACAUUGCUGCAUUGAUAGUCGUGUAGCUUAUGAUGCAAAGCUGGCUGAUGUGUCUUGUGUCACUGCACAGCUUCAGAAAGCAGGAUGAAUUUGCUGCAGCUGUUUCAAAGUUGUGGUCUGUCCUUGGAUCCUCUAUUAAUUACUCUGUAGAGGCUGAAGGAAGCCACAGUGAGGGUGGGCCUCUGGCCCUGCGGGGGGAACUGUUCUCAGCUCCCGCUCUUUGAAUUAAUGUGGGAAUUCUGGCUUGCUACUUGACCAUUCCAGCCCUGUGAAACAUCCCACACUUUGAAGCAAAUGCAAUUCACAGCACAGUGCACACAAAAACCUUGGCAUAAGACGGAGAAGGUUCUUUUUAUUAUUUUGUGGACUGGUUGCUGUAGAAACAGAUAACAAAGGGCAGCCUUCCACUUCUGGUAUAAUUGUGCAGGCCCUUUUCUCUGGGUCUGACACCUGUCUGAAUAAGAGUGAUUAGAGCUGAAUAAUAUCCCUCCCUUGACUAUUGAAUAUGUGGUUCUUGUAUAAAAAACUGGAUAAGUCGAAGUAAAAUGUCUACGUUAUGUCUGCCUGUUUGCCACUUCAUUCUGAGGUUUUGUAAAACUGCCUUUUUUUUUUUUCACAAUGUGAAACUGAAGGUCAAUAAAUUAUUAGAGAUUUUCUCUUCA